AUGGAAAAUGGUCUUAUGCGUAUCAAGUCAAUUAGAACUGGUGAAAUGCCUGUUAUUAGUGCACUAGCUGUGAUUCACUACUUCAGUGAAUUCUUAGCACAUCAUAUUGAUGUCAAUUCAACUCUGGAGAAUUUGAAGACAGCCGUUUGCCUGAAGUGGACUCGUUUACUACCUCAUCAUGUUAAGAAAUAUUAUAGCAGUCAUCACUGUGGUGUGGGAUGUCAAAGGCUUUUCCACAGGCUCAGCAGUAAAUUUGUUUCUAGUCUUAUCAAGGAAGAAAUCAGAAGUGAUCCGAGUAUCAAAGAUUCUGAUUUGAAAAAGUAUGGUGCCGUUAUUGAUGCAUUUCAUGCUGCUGUAUAUGCUCUUAGUCCUGAAGGCUUCCAAAAUGCCAUUGCUACGAUUAGGGGUCUUGGUUGUGGUUGGGUUGCAAACUAUAUUGAAGAUAUACCUCCCGAGAGAUGGUCAAAUGCCCUUUUUCAGGGUUGUAGGUAUGGAAGGAAAUCUUCUACUCUUGCUGAAUCCUUCAAUAGUUGGAUGAAGGUACAUAAGAAGCUCCCUGCUAAUGCUCUUCUGGAUCAGAUAAGGAAGGAUGUGAUGAGGAUGAUGUCAGAAAGGAGAAAUACCGAGAUCCAUAGCCUGUCAAUGAUGGAAAGUUUCAGUGAAGAGGAAUACUCCACAAGUAUUGAUGUUAAGGGAAAAGCCGAGGAUAAGGAAGAAGUUGAAGAAGAGGAAGAUAGAGAUGACGAAGAGGAGGAGAUUGGCAUUGAUGAGUUGGAGAACAGGAUGUGGAUGGACAAGUUACUGCUUCGAAAACUUAAGCAAAAGGAGAGUAAGAAACUUGGAACAGAUGAGGAUGGACUAUCCAACUCGAAGGCGAUAGUCAAACAAGAUCAAUCACGCCGAAAGAAGAUGUCAAGAGCUCAAGAUGCAAUUCUCAAAUACAUGAUAAAGACAAUGGAUGUAUGUGACGCGCAAGGCUUUGUGUACGGAAUCAUACCUGCAAGAGGGAAACCAGUAACCGGUUCAUCUGAUAAUUUACGUGCAUGGUGGAAAGAGAAAGUUAAGUUCCAUAAGACUGCUCCAGAAACCAUUGCUAAACUAAUAUCCCCAGUUACAACACAACAAGAUGUUGAAAACGAGGCAUUGGUCACUUCUUACAUGCAUCAUCUUCAGCACUUGCAAGAUACCACUCUGGGUUCUCUUUUAUCAGCUUUGAUGCAACAUUGUGUACCUCCACAGAAGAAAUUUCCAUUGGAAAAGGGUAUAUGUCCUCCUUGGUGGCCUACUGGGGAAGAACCAUGGUGGGGAGAGCAGGGACUUUUGGCUAAAGAAGAGGGUCCGCCGCCAUAUAGGAAACCGCAUGACCUGAAAAAAGCUUGGAAAGUGAGUACUUUAACUGCUGUUAUCAAACAUAUGUCACCUGAUUUUAAGAAUGUUAGAAGGCUUGUUGUACAAUCUAAGUGUCUUCAAAAUAAGAUGACAGCAAAAGAGACUCUAACUUGGUCCAAUAUUGUGACUCAAGAAGAAGCUCUAUGCGAUCAUCUCAAUGAUUCUCUUAACAUUUCAUGUUCUUCAGCUAUGAAAGAAAAGGAAGAGGAGGAUGAUUUCAACAGCGGAGAGAAGAGAAAACCGGAAAUCGAUCAACAACUGGAAGUGGAUCUUAUUUACACUUGCCAGAACAAGGAGUGUCCACAGAGUGUUAUGGAGUUUGGGUUUGCUCACAAGACCAUCAGGACUGAUCAUGAAUCUCUAUGCUCUUAUCGUGCUGAGAAUAAUGCAAGUAAUUUUUCAUUAAGAAAUGAUCCUAGAAGUGAUGAAAGGCAUGGAGAUCGGAUGUUGCAUGAAAGUAGCUCAGGAGGGUCUAGUACUGGUAGUAAUGCAACACCUACCAGUGAGCUUCAGGAAGUGCUUGCCGAUGUAGCAGGCAAUAAUGGAAUCCCAGGUGGCCAGCAAGGUACAGUUGAAGAUCAUCCUAAUAUGGAAGUAGCAUUUGAGCGGCAAAGAGAAGAAAUGACUCCAACUUAUGGUAUAGACACAGAAGAGAUUCUAUCACAAAGUCAAGAAGAAACCUCAAUCUGGGAUAUGAAAUACGAAAAUGCUAUUUGGCCAGCCCUAUGA